CUAGAAGAAGUAACAUCACCCCACCAGAGUCAGCAUGCAAAUGCUACCAAAAUAACAACUCUCAUUCGUCAUUCUAUAAAUACCCUUUCUUCCCAUUCUCACUUCUUCACCACACCACAGCAAACCCUUAAUUUACACUACUGUCAAAAACUGUUGUAUGUGUUCAUGGCUCUGACCAUUCUUGCCAUGGACCUAACUAUCUCUCAAGCCACAUCUCGUGUCACUUUUCACGAGUCAUCCAUUCCUGAUUACCAUCAACAUUGGAUGAUCCAGUUUUCUCGCGUUUAUACGGAUGAAUCCGAAAAACAGACGAGAUUUGAAGUGUUCAAGAAAAACUUAAAAUUCAUUGAGAACUUCAAUAACAAUGGGAAUCAAAGCUACAAACUUGGUGUCAACGAAUUCACGGAUUUGACCAAAGAGGAGUUUCUUGCCACCCAUACCGGUCUCAGAGGCAUCAACGUAACUUCACCAUCUGAAGUGGUUGAUGAAACGGUGCCAUCUUACAAUUGGAACGUUACUAAUGUUGUCGGCGAGAGCAAAGACUGGACAAAGGAGGGAGCUGUAACACCUAUCAAAACGCAAGGACAAUGUGGUAGUUGUUGGGCAUUCUCAGCGGUUGCAGCGAUGGAAGGUCUGGCAAAGAUUACCCGAGGAAACCUCGUAUCACUGUCCGAACAGCAGCUUAUAGAUUGCGAUAGACCGGCUAAUGAUGGUUGCAAUGGGGGAACAAUGGAAGAAGCUUUCAACUACAUAGCGAAAAGCGGAGGCAUUUCUUCAGAAAACGAAUACCCUUAUCAAGUGAAAGAAGGGAGUUGCCAGUCCAACAUCAAACCCGCCAUGCAGAUAAAAGGGUUCAAAAGGGUUCGACAAAACAACGAGGUUCAGUUGCUCGGGGCUGUAUCGAGACAGCCUGUAUCGGUGUGCAUUAAAGCGACCGCGGCCAGUUUCAUCCAUUACUCAAGCGGAUUGUACGAUGCGCGUGAUUGUGGGACGACCAACUUGGAUCAUGCAGUGACGUUGGUUGGGUACGGGACGAGCCCCGAAGGAAUCAAGUAUUGGCUGGCAAAGAACUCUUGGGGUGAGACUUGGGGAGAGAGUGGUUACAUUAGACUCCGUAGAGAUGUGGAGUGGCCUGAAGGCAUGUGUGGUAUAGCUACGUUUGCUUGUUAUCCGGUUGCGUAAUUAAUUAUGUUAGAUGAUUUAUAUUGAAGUAUUCAUAUAUACAUUAUGGCGUUUAGUUUUUAUAUAUUUGUAUUUUGAUAGUAUAUGUUUAAGUUAUUUUAAUAGUACUAAUAUUUAUAUGUAAUACCUUUAUGGUUAACAUUGAAACCUCUCUA